AUGGCCGUCGACAUUGGUGAUGACCGUUUAGGUCUCCGUCUUCCUAACCCUCCUCCAUUGCUACAUACGCGAUCUGGGAAUGAUUCAUUUGAUCGUCCCUCGACACCAUCUGGAAAUGGUUUUACAAGUCCCUCACAGACUCCUCAAGGAAGUCCGAGCAAGUCGCGGGCGCCGCCUGGCGCGUUGGACUUGCCAAAUGUCUUCGAUAAAGCUAUGAAACUUACGCCAACCUCCCCCUCAAAAUCAACAUACAAUCAUUUCAACCAUCCUAUGUUCACAGCCGACAAGAGCAAUAUUGAAGAUUUUAACGAGAGCGUGAUUCAUCAGCGCCCAACCAGCCCGACGCGCAAGUCAAACAAGGAAAACACCCCUCCCACCCGUAUCCCCAAGGACUUAGGCCCCAAUCCCACAGCUGCUGCAUUGUCGCGCCAUGAACCGUAUCAGACGGCGCGCGAAAGCGAUACUACCAGGCGCCAGGUGCAGUUGCGGGGGCUGACAGCGGAGGAGAUGGAGAAACUACAACAACCCCGGGUAAAACGCCUGACGAACGUGACUCAGCUCUAUUUCCUCGACCAUUAUUUCGACCUCCUUAGUUACGUCCACAAUCGCCAAACCCGUCACGCUCAAUUCAAAGCCGCACACCCUGAACCUCCCGUUACCCCCGCCGAAGAAUACGAACCCGCGCUCCUGAAGUAUUUGGGUCGCGAACGGGCGCAUCUGCGCAAGCGUCGUACUCGUCUGCGCCAACAUGACUUCCAAAUCCUGACGCAGGUCGGCCAGGGUGGAUAUGGACAGGUGUACCUCGCCCAGAAGAAGGAUACCCGUGAAGUGUGUGCAUUGAAAGUCAUGAGCAAGAAGUUGCUGUUUAAGCUGGACGAGAUUCGACAUAUCCUGACCGAGCGCGAUAUUCUCACCGCUGCUAAGAGCGAGUGGCUUGUCAAGCUGUUUUAUGCGUUCCAGGACGAUGACCAGAUUUAUUUGGCGAUGGAAUACGUGCCCGGUGGAGAUUUCCGUACUCUAUUGAAUAACACGGGUGUAUUGCAUAAUCGCCAUGCUCGAUUCUACAUCGCCGAGAUGUUCAGCUGUAUCGAUGCUCUGCAUAUCCUCGGCUACAUUCACCGUGAUCUCAAGCCCGAGAACUUCCUCAUCGAUUCCACAGGUCAUGUGAAACUGACCGACUUUGGUCUCGCGGCGGGUAUGUUGAGUCCUGGUAAAAUCGAGUCGAUGCGCGUGAAGUUGGAAGAAGUGGGUAACACCCCCGUUCCGUUCGGUCGACCCAUGGAACAGCGCACAAUGGCCGAACGACGACAAGGGUACCGAACUCUUCGCGAACGAGAAGUCAAUUACGCCAAGUCUAUUGUUGGAUCCCCCGAUUACAUGGCACCCGAGGUGCUGAAGGGAGAGCAGUAUGAUUUCACAGUCGACUACUGGAGUCUAGGCUGUAUGCUUUUCGAAGCACUCGCUGGAUACCCACCGUUUGCGGGUGCGACUGUUGAUGAGACAUGGCAGAAUCUCAAGCGCUGGCAGAAGGUGCUUCGUAAGCCGGUCUACGAGGAUCCGAACUAUUUCCUCUCACGACGCACAUGGGAUUUGAUUACCAAGCUGGUUGCGGCGAAGGAGCAGCGGUUUAAGAAUAUUCAGGAGAUCCACGCACAUGACUAUUUCGCCGAAGUCGACUUCAAUAAUCUACGGGAGCAACGUGCGCCUUUUGUGCCGGAGCUGGAUUCCGAAACCGAUGCUGGGUAUUUCGAUGAUUUUAGCAAUGAAGCCGAUAUGGCCAAGUACAAGGAGGUUCACGACAAACAACGAGCAUUGGAGGAAAUGGCUGAUCGGGAUGAUAAGAUGGGCAAGGGUCUAUUUGUUGGAUUCACCUUCCGUCACCGUAAGCCAGCUGUAGACAACUCUGGCCGCAGCUCUCCUCGCAAAGCCAUUGCAACGGACGGCACCUUUGGAACGAUGUUUUGA